AUGGGGACGGGAGCUUCGAGAAACGCAGAGGGAGGGUCGCAUGGAGGGGAAGAAAGAGAGGAGAGCCUUGACCAAGCCGGCGGUCAACUUUACGUAUCGUUGAAGAUGGAGAACUACAAGAAGAAAGGAGACCUUAUUCCUCAUGUUUAUGGCUCCGUUCCUCUUGUUGGCUCUUGGGAUUCCUCUAAAGCUCUUUCAAUGGAGCGCGAAUCGGCUUCAAUGUGGGAAUUGAGUUUCGUUGUUCCUCCUAAUCACGAAACUCUGGAUUUCAAGUUCCUGUUGAAGCCUAAGUAUGGCUACAUGCCUUGUGUUGUUGAGGAGGGUCCGAACCGGCUUCUCACUAGGGGUACUUUGCAAGGAGAUGCAAGGCUGGCACUAUUUAAGCUAGAUAAUGAGGAGGUUCUUGAGUAUCGGGUGUUCAUUAAAGCAGACAGGGUUUCACCCUUUGAUCUUGCAGCUAGUUGGAGAGCUUAUCAAGACAAUCUCCGGCCUUCGACUGUUCGUGGAAUUCCUGAUGUUAGCAUUGAUGCAGUGCCAGAGUCAGGUCGUGAGAAUGGCUCUGCAGCUAGUUUGGAGCUUGACCUUGAGCAUUACGUUGUGCCUGCUCCAUCCACUUCUGCGAACUCAGGUCUGGUUUAUGCAGCCAACUUGGCUGAAAAUCCACGAUCGCUAUCCCUUACUGGGGUUUCUGUUGAUCGACCUGCAACUAUAAAGGAGAUGGAGGUUGUCAUACCAGAUCCUUCUAAGGUAUAUUCAGGAUUUGGGAUGGUUGAAUCAAAAUCUGUGGGGACCUUUUCACCUUUGCAAAAGCAAGAUAGUCACAGGGGGCUCUUUGUGGAUAGGGGUGUUGGAUCUCCCAGGCUGGUCAAAUCUGCUAGUGCAACUACUUUUAGUUUUGAUCUUAAAUUGGACACUGAAACCAAGAAUUCGAUGCCAGCAGCUGCUGGAGCUGUUGCAGCUGCAGCUGUAGCUGAUCAGAUGCUUGGACCAAAGGAGGAUAGACAUCUAGCAAUUGUCCUGGUUGGGUUGCCUGCUCGAGGAAAGACCUUCACUGCUGCUAAACUUACAAGAUAUCUUCGCUGGUUGGGACAUGAUACUAAGCAUUUUAAUGUUGGCAAGUAUCGGCGCCUCAAACAUGGUACAAACCAGACUGCUGACUUUUUCCGAGCUGACAAUCCUGAAGGCAUGGAGGCACGUAAUGAGGUAGCAGCCCUGGCAAUGGAUGAUAUGACAACCUGGAUGCAAGAAGGUGGUCAGGUUGGAAUAUUCGAUGCAACUAAUAGUAGCAGGAACAGACGGAAUAUGCUGAUGAAAAUGGCUGAAGGAAAAUGUAAGAUUAUUUUUCUAGAAACAAUAUGCAAUGAUGAACGGAUUAUUGAAAGAAAUAUCCGCCUUAAAAUUCAACAAAGUCCUGACUAUGCAGAAGAGCCAGAUUUUGAAGCUGGAUUACGAGACUUUAGAAAUCGAUUAGCUAAUUAUGGAAAGGUGUAUGAACCAGUUGAAGAAGGGUCUUAUAUUAAAAUGAUUGAUAUGGUUAGUGGGCAUGGUGGACAAAUACAAGUUAACAACAUCAGUGGCUAUCUUCCUGGACGAAUCGUCUUUUUCUUGGUUAAUACACAUCUCACACCUCGGCCAAUAUUACUUACCAGGCAUGGAGAGAGUUGUGAUAACGUUAGAGGCAGAAUUGGUGGUGACAGUGUAGUGAGCGACACUGGAGAAAUUUAUGCAAAGAAACUUGCGAACUUUGUUGAGAAGAGACUGAAAUCUGAAAGGGCUGCUUCUAUUUGGACCAGCACCCUGCAGAGAACAAUCCUGACAGCAAGUCCAAUUGUUGGAUUUCCCAAGAUACAAUGGCGUGCACUCGAUGAGAUUAAUGCUGGAGUGUGUGAUGGAAUGACAUAUGAAGAAAUAAAGAAGAAUAUGCCAGAGGAGUAUGAAUCUCGCAAGAAGGACAAGCUGAGAUAUCGCUAUCCUCGUGGAGAAUCUUACCUGGAUGUUAUACAAAGGCUUGAACCGGUAAUUAUUGAGCUUGAACGACAACGAGCACCAGUUGUAGUGAUAUCUCACCAGGCAGUAUUGAGAGCAUUAUAUGCUUAUUUUGCCGAUAGGCCCCUCAAAGAAAUUCCUCACAUUGAGGUGCCACUUCAUACUAUCAUAGAAAUACAAAUGGGAGUAACAGGGGUUCAGGAGAAAAGAUACAAACUCAUGGAUUGAAGGAAGAAUGCUUCAAGAAAUUUGGUUCAUCUUGAGAAUGGAUUUUAUCCAAAUAUUAAGAUAGAUUUUUCAUUCAUUAUAUUUCAAUUCUUUGUCAAAAUGUAACAUCAGCAUCAGUGUCACUGUCUUAACAAUAAGUUCUAAUAAAAUACGUUACUUAUGCUCAAAACAAA